CCUGUUGUGUUUUUAAUCUUUGUUUUUAAUCUAGUGAGCAUCACUAAAACAGCGACCUUUUCCUUUACCUGGUUUCUUGUGUAGAAGUUGUGCUCUGGCUUCAGCAGUGUCAACAUGUCUUCUCAGGGCCUCCAGAUCAUGGGUGUGCUGCUCGCCUUCAUCGGCUGGAUGGGCACCAUCAUCGCCUGUGCUUUGCCUAUGUGGAGAGUUGCCACUUUUAUCGAGAUUAACAUCCUCACCGUCCAGGUGAUCUGGGAAGGCUUGUGGAUGAGCUGCGUUGUCCAGAGCACAGGCCAGAUGCAGUGUCAGGUGUACGACUCCAUGCUAGCUCUAACUCAAGAACUGCAGGCCGCCAGGGCCAUGAUGAUCAUCUCUGUGAUCGUCGGGGUGUUUGGUGUCUUCAUGGCUGUGGUUGGAGGAAAGUGCACUAACUGCAUGGAGGACGAAGUGGCCAAAGCCAAAGCCUGCAUCGUGUCUGGAGUGAUCUUCAUAAUAGCUGCCUUGCUGAUCAUGAUCCCAGUCUCGUGGUCAGCUCAUACAACAAUCUUGGACUUUUAUAACCCCAUGAUGAUCAAGGCUCAGAAGAGGGAACUCGGGGCUGCACUUUACAUCGGGUGGGGCUCCGCUGGGCUGCUGCUGCUGGGAGGAGGUCUGCUCUGCAACAACUACCCCCCACAAGAAAGUAGACCCUAUACAGCUGCCAAGUUUGCCCCUGCAAGAGCAUUUUCUGUUGCGGACUAUGUAUGAGUG